AUGGUGGUAUUAGUGCUUUUGGUAAUAGUGCUGCUUCCUCAGGCAGUGUGCAAGAUCCCUAUGCUUAGAUGUAAUGUCAGUGACCCCCUUCCUAUUCAUCACAAGUAUUAUCAGCCAGGAGACCUCAUAAUUGGUGGCAUUAUAUCUCACACCCACGUUUUAUUAACUCCAUCUGACUUCAAAAAACGUCCCUCUCCUGAACUCUUUGGUGACUACGUGUAUUUCAAUGCAGUCUCAAUCUAUCUUGCCUCUUUGGAACUUCUCUCCACAAAAGGCAAAUUCUUCCCAAACUAUAAGUGUGAUAUCCAGAACAAGCUUGUUGCAGUCAUUGGGGGACCUAAUUCUGAUGUCGAACUCAACAUGGUAACCAUUCUGUCUAUCUACAAGAUCCCACAGCUGGCAUAUGGCUCUGCUCUAGUGAUGGAUAACCAAACCCAAGGAGCAUUCUUCCACCAGAUGUUCCCAAAUGUGAACCUUCAAUAUGAUGGGAUACUCCAGUUAUUGCUUCAUUUUAGGUGGACAUGGAUUGGUGUGAUUUAUCUGAAUGAUGACAACGGAGAGAGGUUUGUACAGAAUGUGCUUCCCAUAUUUUCUGGCCAGGGCAUCUGCUUUGAUUUCAUAGAAAGAUUCCCACAACUAAGUUUUUCUGAUGAUGCCGAAGAAAUGGUGGAACAGGGAUCUGAACUAUUCAGUGUUAUUGUGAAUGCCACUGCCACUGUAUUGGUUGUACACGGCGAAAUUCAGGACAUGAUUAUUUUGAGGAUGGUGCUCCACUUUUCAGAACAUGAAGAAAUACCAAUGAAGGCAAAAGUCUGGAUUAUGACAGCCCAGGUGGAUUUCACAUCACUGCCUUUUCAAAGGAAUUGGGACAUAGCGGUCUUGCAUGGUGCUAUAUCUUUUGCAAUGCACACAAAGGAGUUUUUGGGAUUCGAGAAAUUUAUUCAAACCAGAAAUCCUACCUCAGAAAGAGAAGAUGGCUUCAUCAGAAGCUUCUGGGAACAUGCAUUUGACUGUAUGUUCACUAAUCCUGUGGCAGACCACGUAGGUAGCAACAUCUGCACCGGAGAAGAGGAACUUGCAUCUCUCCCUGCCUCAGUUUUUGAAACGAGAAUGACUGGCCACAGCUACAGCAUCUACAAUGCUGUCUAUGCUGUGGCUCAAGCUUUGAAUGCCAUUGAGUUAUUCCAAUCCAAGCACAGAAUAAGGGCAGACGGAGGGGAAUGGAAACUUCAGAAUCAACAACCGUGGCAGUUCCAUGACUUUCUAAGAAGUGUUUCAUUUAAUAACAGCGCUGGGGAAAAGAUUUCAUUUGAUGAAAAUGGGUCAUUAGCAGCCGGAUUUGAUAUCAUAAAUUGGAUCACCUUCCCAAACCAAUCUUUUCGUAGAGUGAGAGUUGGCAAAAUGGACCCACAGGAUCUCUUUAACAAAAGGUUCAGCAUUGAUGAAGAUGCCAUCAAAUGGCCCAGCAAGUUCAACCAGGCCAUGCCCCUUUCUGUUUGUAAUGAUCAUUGCUAUUUGGGCUCUAGCAAGAGAAAGAAGGAAGGGAUGUCCUUUUGCUGCUAUGAUUGCAUUCCAUGUCCUGAAGGGAAGAUGUCAAACGAGACUGACAAGGUUGACUGUGUUCAGUGUCCAGAAGGUCAAUAUCCAAACCAUGACCAGGAUUUAUGUCUUCCAAAAAAUAUAAGCUUCUUGUCUUAUGGAGAACCUUUGGGAAUCACUUUGGCCACUUUUGCUCUUUUCUUCUCUUUCCUCACAGCUUUGGUGCUAAGAAUCUUCAUUGAGCACCAGGACACUCCCAUAGUCAAAGCCAAUAACCAGAACCUCACCUACACUCUCCUUAUCACUCUCCUGCUGUCCUUUAUUUGUGUUUUCUUAUUCAUUGGCCAACCUGAGAAAAUAGCAUGCCUCUGUCGACAAACUGCUUUUGGCAUCAUCUUUUCAGUGGCUGUUUCUUGUGUGUUGGCCAAAACCAUCAUCGUGGUCCUUUCUUUCAUGGCCACCAAGCCAGGAUCAAAGAUGCGGAAAUGGCUUGGGAAAAGAAUGGCCACCUCCAUUGUCCUUUCCUGCUCCCUUAUUCAAGCCGUCAUUUGCACUGUGUGGCUGGCAACCUCUCCGCCAUUCCCAGAUUUUGACAUGCACUCAAUGGCUGAAGAAAUUGUACUGGAAUGUAAUGAAGGCUCAGCUAUCAUGUUUUACUGUGUCCUGGGCUUUAUGGGCAUCUUGGCCAUUGUUAGCUUCACUGUUGCUUUCCUAGCUAGGAAAUUACCUGACAGUUUUAACGAAGCCAAGUUUAUCACCUUCAGCAUGCUUUUGUUUUGCAGUGUCUGGUUGACCUUCGUUCCAACUUACCAGAGCACCAAGGGAAAAUACAUGGUGGCCGUGGAGAUCUUCUCCAUCUUGGCCUCCAGUGCUGGCUUACUUAUUUGUAUUUUUUUCCCCAAAUGCUAUAUUAUUGUGGUGAGGCCUGAGUUAAAUAGCAGGGGGCAGUUAAUCAGGAGAAUGAAUUAA